AUGGCUACCCGCGAGGUUCUCUCAUCGAGGACGGAAACCGUCAACAAAUACAUGAAGCUCGACCAAAAGGGAAACCUCAUGGCCGAGUACGUCUGGGUCGACGCCGUUGGCGAGACGCGAUCCAAGUCCAGAACUCUUCCCGUCAAGGAGUACACACCUGCGGAUCUUCCCAUCUGGAACUUUGACGGCUCCUCCACCGACCAGGCCCCGGGCGACAACUCGGACGUCUACCUGCGACCCGCGGCCGUCUACCCGGAUCCCUUCCGUGGCGCGCCCAACAUCAUCGUCCUCGCCGAGUGCUGGAACGCCGACGGCACGCCGAACAAGUUCAACUACCGACAUGAGUGCGCCAAGGUGAUGGAGGCCUACGCCGACCGCGUUCCCUGGUUUGGCCUGGAGCAGGAGUACACCCUUCUCGACCACGACGACCGGCCUUACGGAUGGCCUACCGGCGGUUUCCCUGCCCCUCAGGGUCCUUACUACUGCGGUGUUGGCAGCGGCAAGGUCGUCAUGCGUGACGUCGUCGAGUCACAUUACAAGGCCUGUCUGUACGCUGGCGUCCAGAUCUCCGGCACCAAUGCGGAAGUCAUGCCUGGCCAGUGGGAGUUCCAGGUUGGUCCGUGCGAGGGCAUCAAGAUGGGUGACGAGCUUUGGAUCGCCCGAUUCUUCCUCGCGCGCGUUGCCGAAGAUUUCGGUGUCAAGGUCUCGUGGCAUCCCAAGCCCAUCCCCGGAGACUGGAACGGCGCCGGUCUGCAUUCCAACUUCUCGACCAAGGAGAUGCGUGCCGAGGGCGGCAUGAAGCACAUCGAGGAUGCCAUCAAGAAGCUGGAACCUCACCACAUCGAGUGCAUCAAGGAGUACGGCGAGGAUAACGAGCUCCGUCUCACCGGCCGCCACGAGACCGGCUCCAUCGAGCAGUUCACAUACGGCGUCGCCAACCGUGGCACGUCGAUCCGCAUUCCCCGGGAAACGGCGACGAAGGGGUACGGAUACUUUGAGGAUCGUCGCCCCGCGUCCAACGCCGAUCCGUAUCGCGUUACCAAGGUCCUGAUGACGUCCAUCUUUGGCAAGCUACGAUGA